AAACACACGUGUUUAGUGUUUGUUUUUCUAUCUGAGCUGAGACUGAGACUCUAAACCCGGGCUGAUCUAAACUCUAUCUCUCUCUCUCUGCUGGGAUGAGCGAGGAGGUUUUAGACGAGCUGGCGGUUCUGUCUGCGAUUUACUGCGGGGAGGAGGAGUUCCAGGUGGUGGGAGAGUCUGCUGAAACGGGCCUGGUUUACCGCAUUAACACAGUGGUGGAAAGUGAGGAGAAGAAAACACCACUGAGUCUGGUCUUCCAACUCUCUCCUGAAUACCCACACACACCUCCAGACGUGAGCAUUAGCUCCAACCAGCUCUCGAGGAAGCAGUGCCAGGAGCUGAGGGAUGGGUUACUGAACAAAGCAUGCAGUCUCCAGCCCAGGCCCAUGGUCCACGAGCUGGUCCUGUGGCUCCAGCAGAACUUCUCUGACCUUCUGACAACAUCAGCACCCAACACACUGAAGGCCCAGAGCACAGCAGAUGGGUCAGCAGAGGGAAUGUGGACAGCGCUGCUUCAUUUAGAUCACAUGAGAUCCAAAACUAAAUACAUCAGACUGAUUGAAAAGUGGACGUCAGAGUUGGGACUGACUGGGAGACUCUUGAUGGGGAAGGCUAUUUUCAUUCUGCUGCAGGGGGAGAGGAAGAGCAUUAAGGAAUAUAUCCACCUCCAGAGGACAGUAAAGGUUGAUGUGGACUCAUCAGGAAAACGGUGCAAAGAGAAGAUGAUGAGCGUUUUAUGUGAAAUUCCUCUUUCAGACGAUUUUAAAAAGAUAUCAACUUUUGAAGUUAGAGACCCUUUAUCUUCGGAGGAACUUAAAAAGGAGUUUGAAGAAGUUGGAUCUUUGAAGCUCCACCAAGAGUUUGUCUCCUCGUUACUGUAAAUGUACUCAAACUUUAUUUAUUCGUCGUUGACUGAUCAAUCGGUUUCAGUUUGCAGGGAAGCGGUCAUCAGGCGGAAGGCAGCAUACAUCCUGGACAGGCUGCUAAUUCAUCACAGGGACUCUUAAACUGCUCUCCUAAAAACAAAAGGGCCACAAAAGUAUCUUUUAGAGAUGUCAUAGAACAGUGGCUCUCAAAACCUUUUAGACCACAUACCAUAGGGUGACCAAAUGUCCGUAUUUCCCGGGACAUGUCCGUAUUUCCCGUCCUGUCCCGGGCUUCCCGGGUUUUUUUUUUCAGAAAGUGAGGAAAUGUCCUGGUUUGUAAAUUACCUUCAUUGGACCAGAGAGCAGUAGACAGCGUGACUGUCAGCGUGGAGCCCUCCCUCUCCCCCUUCCGGUGCAGUCUCACAGUAAGAGCACACACACAACGCUCCACCCCACAAAACACCCCCCCCCCCCACCAGGUGUCCUGGUUUACCCAAAUGAAAAUAUGGUCACCCUAACAUACCACCAAUGACAUGUAAGCCACACACCUUCAUAUCGUCAUAUGUUUAACCAAUUGUCCUUCACCUGUUGUGUGGAGCUUAGCCACUUUUGCAGUCCAUAAGUUAUUAUGGUAAAUUUGAUUAAUAUUUAUGGUUAAUACAAUGUUCCUACUGAGAAUCUAAAAAGGAUUUAGACAGACAAAAAAACAAGAGUGCCAAGCAGUGAAUUACAGUGUUUUCUACAUUAUUUAGCUAUUAUUUGAAACGCAGAAACUGUAGUGAACCGUUUGUGACUGUUGGUUGAUAUGAGCAUAUCUUGUGGCGUUUCACAGGGUUUUAAUCUAGGGCCAUUGAAACUGAUGUUAAUAGAAGUGCUGAAGUGUAGUUUACACACAGAUUCAGGUAAAUCACUAAACACUAUCAUAUGUAAUGUUAGGAAAAAAUGCAGGUGGAAACUUUAUAGUUUUCAGUCUUUAAUAUUUUAAUGUACUGUACUGUAAAGUGGCAGAUUAUAAAUCACUAUAAUCUGAACGUCUAUUUUGUGGUCUACUUUCAUACAUAAGAUGCACCAGUUUAUAAGGCGCAUUAUGCGACGCUAGUAAGGAACAGGGGUGUCGCCAUGUUUUCCUUCUAAUUCAGCAGGUCUUGCCACUGGGUGGUGGUGGGGCCAUUUCUUUAAAAGGCAAAUGAGUGCUGGAUGUUAAUCUGAACAGAUUUCUUUGCCGAAAACUGUUAUUUGGGUGAGUAAAGCGCUUCUGUUUAUUUCCAAGAAGCUAAGAAGCUGAGGAACGGUUAAUGCUGCUCCAGCUAAAAACUGAACUGAAAACUAAACUGAAUCUCCUGUAUAAUGCUGUACUUCAGCGGAGUGGUUUUACUGCUCCUUAAUACCUGACUGGUAAAAUUCAUACCCAAGGCACACCGGAUAAUGAGGCACACUGGCGAUUUUUUGGGAAAAUUAAAGGAUUUUAUGUUACCAAAAAAUACAGUAAGCAGAUUUUUUUUUCUGAGGUCAUCUAGUGUACCACCGUGGAAUGCUUUGAGCAACACCAGUCUUACCUUUACCACAGUUUGAGAAUCACUGCCACAGAAGUACCAAUGCUGGUUUCAUAAAAAACAUACAAUUUUUGUAAAAAGGCAUUUGGAAAAAAAAAAAACAAAAAAAAACAAGCUAAAUUUGAAUUGUGUGUUAAGGGACAUUCCAGGAUUUUGGAAAAUUUUCUGUCCCACCACUUAAAUUUCAAAUGUACAUAUCCAAAAUAUCUAAAUUAUUAUUUUUUGUGAAAAAUGUACUUGUUAUAAGACAACUUGUUAUAAGGACCACCUCAAAAAAUGGCCGUUUUCUCUUGUCCCACUCAUUGGGUGACCAACUCCUUUGGCAAAUUUAACAAUUAAAAUAAGCUCUAAAUAAAUGACUUCCUCUUGUA